AUGCGAGUGGGAGUGAGCGAAAAAACAGUCAAGGAAAUGUCCGCACAGUUGAGGUCCUUCUGGGAGCUCGAGCACAUUGGUAUCAAAGAAAAUGAACCAGCUCGUCACCAAGACGCAGUCCUACAGCACUACAAAGAAACCGUCAAGUUUGAGCAUGGUCGGUACAAGGUGUCAUUUCCCUGGAGGCCAAUGGUCAAUGAGCUCGACGACAACUACGAGUGCGCCGCGAAGCGUCUUAGAGCCCAAACAACGCACCUUUUGAAAGAAGAUUCCUUGAUCAGGGAAUAUGACGCCUGCAUCCGAGAAUACAUCGAAAAGGGCUACGCAGAGCCAGCCAACGAGCGUUGCAGCACUUCGGAAGGUCCAGUAUAUUAUAUGCCACAUCAAGCAGUUGUUCGUCAAGAAAGCCAGACAACAAAAAUGAGGGUAGUAUUCGAUGCAUCAUCCAGUGCCAAAAAUCGCCUCUCACUGAAUGAUGUUUUGGAAAGUGGUCCGAAGGUCAAUCAAGAGCUGAUCGAUUUGCUGAUCAACUUCCGCACUUACAACAUCGGCCUCAUUGCGGAUAUUGAAAAGGCAUUUCUUCAAAUAUCCUUGUCAGACGACGACCGGAACGCUGUGCGUUUUCUCUGGUAUGCUACUACGCCGAAGAAAGGUGAACUACCAGCGGUGGCGGCCUAUCGAAUGACACGCGUGCCGUUCGGUGUCACAACCAGCCCUUUCCUAUUGGCCGCAACAUUACAACAGCAUCUUGAAGGACUCCCGGAGCAGUAUGCUGAGACGGCGAGCAUCCUACGCAACCAUCUCUAUGUUGACGACCUAGUGACUGGGGUCGACAGCCUUGAACAGGGUGAAGUGUUAUGCCAGGAAUCAAGCGAUAUAUUAUCACAAGCAGGAAUGCGACUCCACAAGUGGAUGUCUAACGACCACGAUUUAGUCAACUUCAUAGAGGAUGGGAAUGUGACAAGGAGUAAUGCGAAUGCUGAACCUCCUGCAGCCACCAAGGUAUUGGGAGUGGCCUGGAAUGCUCAGACGGAUAAUUUUGAGUACAAUAUGACCUCACUUCUUGAUUUCCUCAACACAAGAGCUGACAGCAAGAGAUUCGUACUGCAAGUCUCAGCCAGAAUUUUCGACCCCUUUGGGUUUAUUGCUCCCACAACACUGUACGUAAAGAUAUUGUUCCAAAGGUUGUGGGAGUUGGGUGCUCGUUGGGACGAUCCCUUGCCAGAAGAAAUGCGGGCGGAGUGGGACUGCUGGUGUGAAGAGCUUCAAUGCAUCAAGGGAGUGUCCAUUCCGAGAGUCAUAGCAAGGGAUUUCCGACAUGAAGAGACAGAGAAAGUGCUGCACAUUUUCUGCGAUGCCAGCCCGAAGGCCUACGGUGCUGUCGCAUACGUUGCAUGCAAGUCUCCUCUGGGAAUAAUCACUAUAAGCCUAAUUAUGGCCAAAUCAAGAGUAGCUCCUUUGAAGCGCCUCUCGUUACCCCGACUGGAGCUGAUGGGGGCCCUCAUUGGCGCUCGACUGUGCCGCUACGUUGUCAAGGCCUUGGACCUCCAGAAUGCUGCUACUAUUCUUUGGACUGAUUCCACAGUGGCUAUGCACUGGAUUAAAGGAAACGCUGCCAGAUGGAAGCCCUUCGUGGCAAACCGGGUGUCAGAGAUACAGGCGCUGACUGAUCCUAAAAAUUGGAGACACUGCCCAGGACCAGACAACCCCGCCGAUCUAAUCACUCGCGGUAUCCUCCCGUCGGCCUUGUUGGAGAGCGAGUUGUGGUGGAAAGGACCCCAUUGGCUUCACGGCGAUGAGACGCAUUGGCCAACGACAGGCGAGCCGAGCCCAGGGGUUGCAGAAUGUCACGUAGAAGAGAGAAAAGUGACGGUGAUGCCCAUUGUCUCAUCAUCAUCCGAGGCAGUGCUGAAAGUGGGGGAGUUCAGCUCAUUCAGCAGAGUCGUACGCGUAACUGCGUGGGUCCACCGCUUUGUCAACAAUUGCCGCAACGGGAAAGAAAGAAAAAGUGGCCUACUACGAGCUGAAGAAGUGAUCGAUGCUGAGAGGUACUGGUUGGCUGCAACUCAAGGAGAAGCAUUCAGCGACGACAUUUCCAACCUGAAAGCCCAAAGGCCGCUGCGCAAAGGCUCUCCUGUUUUGCCAUUCAACCCGUACCUUGACAGGGAAGGUCUCAUGCGAGUUGGUGGACGCCUGCAAUUCACUGACAACCACGAAGAGACCAAACAUCCUAUCGUUCUCCCUGGCACUCACCCCUUCACGCUGCUGCUAAUAAAGAAAGAGCACGUGAGAAUGCUGCACUCAGGGGUACGCGACACCCUGGCGCAGUUGCGAGAGUCGUAUUGGAUCAUCCGAGGGCGCCAGGCCGUAAAAAAGGUUAUCAAGCGGUGCCUCAUUUGUCGCAAACAAAGUUGCCCUCCCGCCACGGAACCAGUAGCACCGCUUCCAGCUGACAGAGUGACAAAAGGAAAUCCGUUCGACACCGUUGGCAUCGAUUUCGCAGGAUCUUUGAUUUGUCAACAGUCGCGCGACGUCCGGAAAUGUUACAUCGCAAUUUUCACCUGCGCUGUGACACGUGCCGUGCAUCUUGAGCUCGUCAGCGACAUGUCGACUACAGCCUUUCUCCUGGCAUUCAAGCGCUUCGUGGCUCGCAGGGGAAUCUGCUCGACUAUUUAUUCGGACAACGCGCUAACUUUCAAGAGAGCAGCAAAAGACCUGAAAGCGAUGUUCGCGCUACUAAAAUCACAGGAAAUGCAGUCUUACUUCGCCGGAAACCAAAUCAGGUGGAAGUUUAUUGUUGAAAGGGCAGCUUGGUGGGGCGGAUUCUGGGAGCGGUUGGUGCGAUCGGUGAAGGUAGCGUUGCGCAAGGUGUUAGGUCGGAGCAGUUUAAACUUUGAAGAACUCACAACGGUCUUGUACGAAGUGGAGGCCGUGAUAAACUCACGCCCAUUGACUUUCACCUACGAAGAUGCCCGAGAGCCAGAACCACUGUCGCCGGCGCACUUCCUCGUCGGAAGAAAGCUGACAACCCUUCCUCCACACCACCUGCCAGCCGAAAUUCCGGGCGGUGACGCGCAUCUCUCACGGCGCUGGAAGUACCGGUCAGCCAUGGCUGAAGGAUUUUGGAGACGAUGGCGGAAAGAGUAUUUAUUGGAGCUUAGAUCAGCCCAUUUGUCUCACCCAACGACAUCGAGUGACCUAAAGAUAGGCAAUUCGGUGCUUUUAAAAGAAGACCAUUUGAAACGCCACAUGUGGAAGAUCGCCAGAAUCAAAGAAACGUUCAAGGGCAGAGACGGCAGGGUGCGGGUCUGCCGGCUGGCACUAAGCGAGGGAACGGAGCUGAAACGACCAAUACAACUGCUUUAUCCUCUAGAAGUCGACGAACAAUGA